GCCCUCUUGCAGACAGGAAAGGCAUGGUCUCUGCGUCCACAGAAGCUCAUGGGGAGCCCCAGACUGGCAACCUUGCUCCUGUCUCUCCUGCUACUGCUCAUCAGCCUCGCUGUGUCUGCUCGGGCUGCCUGCCCCUGCCUGCCAAGUUGGACCAGCCACCGUGUGGUAAGGCCUGCCGUGUGGAUAAGCGUUUUGCUGGCCUUCAGUGGGGCUGCUUCCCCCUCUUGGUGAGGAAAUCCAAAAGUCCUCCUAAAUUUGAAGUCUAUUGGAGGCACAGGACAUCCUUCCAGAGGAAGCUGCUAGGCAGCCCUUCCCUGUCUGAGGAAAGCCAUCGAAUUUCCAUCCCCUUUCCAGCCAUCUCCCACAGAGGCCGACACACCAAAAGGGCCCAGCCUUCAGCUGCAGAAGGAGCAGAACAUCUCCCUGAAGCAGGGUCACAAAAGCGUGGAGGACCUGAAUUCUCCUUUGAUUUGCUGUCUGAGGUACAGGCUAUGCGGGUGACUAUUUCUCCAGGCCCCGAGGCCAGUGUGCGCCUUUGUUAUCAGUGGGCAUUGGAAUGUGAAGACAUGAGUAGUCCUUUUGAUACCCAGAAAAUUGUGUCUGGAGGCCACACCGUAGACCUGCCUUAUGAAUUCCUUCUGCCUUGCAUGUGCAUAGAGGCCUCCUACCUGCAAGAGGACACUGUGAGGCGCAAAAAGUGUCCCUUCCAGAGCUGGCCUGAAGCUUAUGGCUCGGACUUCUGGAAGUCAAUACACUUCACUGACUACAGUCAGCACAAUCGGAUGGUCAUGGCUCUGACACUCCGCUGCCCACUGAAACUGGAGGCCUCCCUCUGCUGGAGGCAGGACCCAUUCACGCCCUGUGAAACCCUUCCCAACGCCACAGCACAGGAGUCAGAAGGAAGGUAUAUCCUGGAGAAUGUGGACUUGCACCCCCAACUCUGCUUUAAGUUUUCUUUUGAAAACAGCAGCCACGUUGAAUGUCCCAGCCAGAGUGGUUCUCUCCCAUCCUGGACUGUGAGCAUGGAUACCCAGGCCCAGCAGCUGACGCUUCGCUUUUCUUCUCGGACGUAUGCCACCUUCAGUGCUGCCUGGAGUAACCCAGGUUUGGGGCCGGAUACCCCCAUGCCUCCUGUGUACAGCAUCAGCCAGACCCAGGGCUCAGUCCCAGUGACUCUAGACCUCAUCAUUCCCUUCUUGAAGCAGGAGAAUUGCAUCCUGGUGUGGAGAUCUGAUGUCCAGUUUGCCUGGAAGCACCUCUUGUGUCCUGAUGACGCCCCUUACCCUACUCAACUGUUGCUCGGGUCCCUAGGCUCCGGUCGAACAAGGCCAGUUUUACUCCUACACUCAGCGGACUCAGAGGCACAGCGACGCCUGGUGGGAGCUUUGGCCGAACUGCUGCGGACCGCGCUGGGCGGUGGACGCGACGUGAUCGUGGAUCUCUGGGAAGGGACACACGUAGCACGCAUUGGACCAAUGCCGUGGCUCUGGGCAGCGCGGGAGCGCGUGGCACGGGAGCAGGGCACGGUGCUGCUCCUGUGGAACUGUGCGGGUUCCAGCACCGCCUGCAGCGGUGACCCGCAGGCUGCGUCCCUUCGCCCCCUGCUGUGCGCUGCUCCAUGCCCGCUGCUGCUCGCCUACUUCAGUCGCCUCUGCGCCAAAGGUGACAUCCCCGGGCCGCUGCGUGCUCUGCCACGCUACCGCCUGCUUCGUGACCUGCCGCGCCUGCUGAGAGCGCUGGAUGCUCAGCCUGCCACCCUAGCCUCCAGCUGGAGUCACCUUGGGGCUAAGCAGUGCUUGAAAAACCGUCUGGAGCUGUGUCACCUGCUGGAACUCGAGGCCGCCAAAGAUGACUACCGAGGCUCAACCAAUAGUCCCUGCGGUUUCAGUUGUCUGUAGCCUCAGCAGGAACUCCAGAAUGAGGCCUCACACAUGUACUCUUUGGGGGUGCUUCUUGUCCCCCAAACCUUAAGACUCACCCUAAGUCCCACACGUGACCAACCUCCCUCACAUUUGCUCCCUCCUAGAGUCCCUGAGAGGAACUUGGGCUUUCCUGAUAGGUCCUCAGCCCUUUCUGAGAAGGAGGGACGAUUUUUUUUCCAUUUCUUCUCAAAAUUGCAAAAAAGACAACCAUCUGCAUGGAGUACUCCAGUUCAGGCUGGAGGGCUAGGCCAGGAUUGGAAAGCAGGGCCUAUGUGUCAAGGUCUUGAAAG